CAGGUCUCAAAUCAUCUGUUGCUUCUGUGAAAUAGACAACUAAGACAGAAUGAGCUCUGACGCAGAGAUGGCCAUCUUCGGGGAGGCUGCCCAGUAUCUCCGCAAGUCGGAGAGGGAACGCAUCGAGUCCCAGAGCAGGCCUUUUGAUGGCAAAACAUCCUGCUUUGUGUGCGACGAGAAGGAGCUGUAUGUGAAAGGAACCAUACUGAGCAAAGAUGGUGACAAAGCCACGGUGGAGACUCAGGAUGGCAGGAAUGUGAGCGUUAAAGAGGAGCAGGUCUUCCCCAUGAACCCACCCAAGUUUGACAAGAUUGAGGACAUGGUCAUGAUGACCCACCUCAAUGAGCCAUGUGUGCUGUUUAACCUCAAAGAGCGUUACGCAGCCUGGAUGAUCUAUACGUACUCUGGCUUGUUCUGUGUGACUGUGAACCCCUACAAGUGGCUCCCCGUCUACAACCCAGAGGUGGUGGCUGCCUACCGGGGGAAAAAGAGAAUGGAAGUCCCUCCACACAUAUUUGCCCUUUCCGAUAAUGCCUAUCAGUUUAUGCUUACAGACAGAGAGAAUCAAUCAAUCCUCAUCACCGGAGAAUCUGGUGCAGGGAAGACAGUCAACACCAAGCGUGUCAUCCAGUACUUUGCAACAAUUGCAGUAUCUGCAGACAAGAAAAAGGAAGGUACCCUGGAGGACCAGAUUAUCCAGGCCAACCCCCUACUGGAGGCCUUUGGCAAUGCCAAGACAGUGAGGAACGACAACUCGUCCCGUUUUGGCAAGUUCAUUAGAAUCCACUUUGGAAUGACAGGGAAACUGGCAUCCGCUGAUAUUGAGACGUAUCUCCUGGAAAAAUCCAGAGUCACGUUCCAGCUGGGUGCUGAGAGAAGCUAUCACAUUUUCUACCAGCUUACUUGCAACAAGAAGCCGGAACUCAUUGACAUGCUUCUCAUCACCACCAACCCGUUUGACUUUGCCUUCGUCAGCCAAGGGGAGGUGGCUGUGAAGAGCAUAGAUGAUGCAGAGGAACUGAUGGCUACUGAUGAAGCCAUAGAUAUCCUUGGUUUCACCCCUGAUGAGAAAAUGAGCAUCUACAAGUUGACGGGAGCUGUGAUGCAUUAUGGGAAUAUGAAGUUCAAGCAAAAACAGCGAGAGGAGCAGGCAGAGCCAGACGGCACUGAGGUGGCAGACAAAGCUGCCUACCUCAUGGGCCUCAACUCUGCAGACCUGCUGAAGAACCUCUGCUACCCCCGAGUGAAGGUCGGGAACGAAUAUGUCACCAAGGGACAAAAUGUCCAGCAGGUGUACAAUUCCAUUGGUGCUCUGGCAAAGUCGGUGUAUGAGAAGAUGUUCUUGUGGAUGGUUAUGCGCAUCAAUCAACAACUGGACACCAGGCAGCAAAGGCAACAUUUCAUUGGUGUCUUGGAUAUCGCUGGAUUUGAAAUCUUUGACUUCAACACAUUGGAACAGCUCUGCAUCAACUUCACCAAUGAAAAACUGCAACAGUUUUUCAACCACCACAUGUUCGUGCUGGAACAAGAAGAGUAUAAGAAAGAGGGAAUUGAAUGGGACUUCAUAGACUUUGGAAUGGACUUAGCCGCCUGCAUUGAGCUCAUUGAGAAGCCAAUGGGCAUCUUCUCUAUCCUUGAGGAGGAGUGCAUGUUCCCCAAGUCGACUGACACGUCCUUUAAGAACAAACUCAACGAUCAACACCUGGGAAAGAACAAUUGUUACCUGAAACCGAAAGUGGUGAAGGGCAAGCCUGAGGCCCACUUCUCCCUGGUGCACUAUGCCGGCAUGGUGGACUACAACAUCUCUGGAUGGCUGGAGAAGAACAAGGACCCCUUGAAUGAGUCUGUUGUGACGCUGUACCAGAAGUCUUCGGUCAAAAUUCUUUCAAUGCUUUACGCUAAUUUUUCCGGCAAUGAUUCGGGUACUGGUGGCAGUGGGGGAAAGAAAGCAGCGAAGAAGAAGGGCUCAUCCUUUCAGACGGUGUCUUGUCUGUUCAGGGAAAACCUGAAUAAACUGAUGUCAAACUUGAGGACCACCCAUCCACACUUUGUGCGUUGUCUCAUCCCAAAUGAGACUAAAACACCAGGUGCCAUGGAAAAUAAUCUGGUUAUUCACCAGUUGCGCUGUAAUGGUGUGCUGGAAGGCAUUAGGAUCUGUAGGAAGGGAUUCCCAAGUAGAAUCUUAUAUGGCGACUUCAAGCAGAGGUACCGGAUUCUGAAUGCUAGUGCAGUUCCUGAAGGCCAGUUCAUGGAUAACAAGAAGGCUGCAGAGAAACUCUUGGGCUCAAUUGAUGUUGACCACUCACAGUACAAGUUUGGACACACUAAGGUGUUCUUCAAAGCCGGUCUCCUGGGUGUGUUGGAGGAGAUGAGAGACGAGCGCCUGGCUCAGGUUGUCACCUGCAUUCAGGCAGUGUGUCGCGCCUAUGUUGUGAGGAUGGAGUGCAAGAAGAUGAUCGAUAGGAGGGAGUCCAUAUACACAAUCCAGUACAACAUAAGGGCGUUCAUGAAUGUGAAGCACUGGCCUUGGAUGCGGCUGUACUUCAAGAUGAAGCCCCUGCUGAAGAGCGCAGAGUCCGAGAAGGAGAUGGCCCAGAUGAAAGAGGACUUUGCCAAGUGCAAGGAGGACCUCAUCAGGUCUGAGACCAAACGCAAGGAGCUGGAGGAGAAACUGGUCUCAGUGGUCCAAGAAAAGAACGAUCUUGUCUUUCAAGUGCAGGCAGAAUCAGAUAGCCUGAUGGAUGCAGAAGAGCGGUGCGAAGGCCUAAUUAAGAGCAAGAUCCAGCUGGAGGCCAAACUGAAGGAGACGACCGAGAGGCUGGAGGAUGAGGAGGAGAUCAAUGCGGAGCUGACGGCCAAGAAGAGGAAACUGGAGGACGAGUGUUCCGAGCUGAAGAAGGACAUGGAUGACUUGGAGCUCACUCUGGCCAAAGUGGAGAAAGAGAAACACGCUGUGGAGAAUAAGGUUAAAAACCUAACUGACGAGAUCAUUGGACAGGAGGAGAAUGUCUGUAAACUGACUAAAGAGAAGAAAGCGUUGCAGGAAGCACAUCAGCAACUGUUAGAUGACCUGCAGGCAGAGGAAGACAAAGUCAACACUCUGAGCAAAGCCAAGGCCAAGCUGGAGCAACAGGUGGAAGAUCUUGAGGGCAGUCUUGAGCAAGAGCGAAAGAUUCGGAUGGAUCUUGAGAGAGCGAAGAGGAAGCUGGAGGGAGAUCUGAAACUGGCCCAGGAGUCCUUGAUGGACAUUGAAAAUGAGAAGCAACAGCUUGAAGAAAAGCUUAAAAAAAAAGACUUUGAAGUCUCACAGCUUCAAAGCAAAAUUGAGGAUGAACAGUCUCUUGCCUCUCAGCUCCAGAAGAAAAUCAAGGAGCUCCAGGCCCGUAUUGAAGAACUGGAGGAGGAGAUUGAGGCCGAGCGUGCCGCCCGAGCCAAAGUGGAGAAGCAGCGGUCCGACCUGUCCAGGGAGCUGGAGGAGAUCAGCGAGAGGCUGGAGGAGGCCGGCGGUGCCACUGUGGCCCAGAUCGAGAUGAACAAGAAGCGGGAGGCCGAGCUGCAGAAGCUGCGGCGAGACCUGGAGGAAUCGUGCCUCCAGCACGAGGCCACAGCGGCAGCACUGCGCAAGAAACACACAGACUCCGUUGCAGAGCUGGGAGAGCAGAUAGACAACCUGCAGCGCGUCAAGCAGAAGGUGGAGAAGGAGAAGAGCGAGCUCAAGAUGGAAGUCGAUGACCUUGCCAGGAGUAUGGAGAAUUUAGCCAAAGCAAAGGUUAACCUGGAAAAGAUGUGCCGUUCCCUUGAAGACCAGCUGAACGAGGUGAAGGCCAAAGAGGAGGAACAGCAGAGACUCAUCAACGAUCUCUCAUCCCAGAAGGCCCGACUGCAAACAGAAAAUGGUGAGAUGGCUCGCCAAUUUGAGGAGAAGGACUCUUUGCUCUCCCAAUUAACAAGAGGGAAACAGGCAUACAUUCAACAACUGGAAGAUCUAAAGAGACACAAUGAAGAAGAAAACAAAGCCAAGAAUGCCCUGGCCCAUGCUCUGCAGGGGUCUCGUCAUGACUGUGACCUCCUGCGGGAGCAGUUUGAGGAGGAGCAGGAGGCCAAGGCUGAGCUGCAGCGCUCCAUGUCCAAGGCCAAUAGCGAGGUGGCGCAGUGGAGAACCAAAUACGAGACUGACGCAAUCCAACGCACAGAGGAGCUGGAGGAGGCCAAGAAGAAGCUAACCCAGCGUCUGCAGGAGGCGGAGGAGGCUGUGGAGGCCGUCAAUUCAAAGUGCUUCUCUCUGGAGAAGACCAAGCAGAGGCUGCAGGGUGAGGUGGAGGAUCUCAUGGUGGAUGUGGAGAGAGCUAAUUCAGCCGCAAACGCCCUGGACAAGAAGCAGAGGUCCUUUGACAAGGUGCUGUCUGAAUGGAAGCAGAAAUAUGAGGAGAGCCAGGCCGAACUGGAGGCCACCAUGAAAGAAGUUCGAGCCAUGGGCACUGAAAACUUCAAGCUGAAAAAUUCAUAUGAGGAGUCUAUGGAACAUCUUGAAACACUGAAGCGUGAAAACAAAAUCCUGCAGCAGGAAAUCAUGGAUCUCACAGAACAGCUUGGUGAGUCGGGGAAAACGAUCCAUGAACUUGAGAAGUCUAAGAAACAGGCAGAACAGGAAAAGGCAGAGAUCCAAACCUCUCUGGAAGAGGCAGAGGCAUCUUUGGAACACGAGGAGUCUAAGAUGCUUCGAGUGCAGCUGGAACUCAACCAGGUGAAGUCUGAGGUGGAGCGAAAGAUCGCAGAGAAGGAUGAGGAAAUGGAGCAACUGAAGAGGAGCAGUCAGCGUACGAUCGAGUCCAUGCAGAGCACCCUUGACUCAGAGGUCAGGAGCAGGAACGACACCCUGAGGAUCAAGAAGAAAAUGGAGGGAGACCUCAAUGAGCUGGAAGUUCAACUCAGCCACGCCAACAGGCAGGCCAACGAAUCACAGAAGCACCUGAGGAACAUUCAAGCUCAACUAAAGGAGGCUCAAAUUCAUCUUGAGGACACACUGAGAAACAACGAUGACAUGAAGGAGCAGGUGUCUAUGACAGAGCGGAGGGCCAACCUUUUGCAGUCGGAGAUCGAGGAGAUCAGAGCUGCCCUGGAGCAGACGGAGCGGAGCCGCAAGCUGGCUGAGCAGGAGCUGCUGGACUCCACCGACCGCGCCCAGCUCCUACACUCACAGAAUGUCAGCUUGGUUAACAGCAAGAAGAAAAUGGAGUCUGACUUGAGCCAGAUUCAAGCUGAAAUGGAGGACACCACUCAGGAGGCCAGGAAUGCUGAGGAGAAAGCCAAGAAGGCAAUCACCGAUGCCGCUAUGAUGGCAGAGGAGCUGAAGAAAGAGCAGGACACCAGUGCUCACCUGGAGAGGAUGAAGAAGAACCUGGAGGUCACGGUCAAGGAUCUGCAGCACCGUCUGGAUGAGGCCGAGAACCUGGCCAUGAAGGGUGGCAAAAAGCAACUCCAGAAACUGGAGUCCAGAGUUCAUGAACUUGAGAAUGAGCUGGAGCUGGAGCAGAAACACAGUUCUGAUGCCAUAAAAGGUGUACGCAAAUAUGAACGCAGAAUCAAGGAGGUCUCCUACCAGUCGGAGGAGGACAGGAAGAAUGUCCUGCGUCUACAGGAGCUGGUGGAUAAGCUGCAGCUCAAGUUGAAGGCGUACAAGAAACAAGCGGAGGAGUCAGAGGAGCAAGCCAACUCGUACUUAUCCAAGCUGAGAAAGGUGCAGCACGAGAUGGAGGAGGCGCAGGAGCGAGCAGACUGUGCCGAAUCGCAGGUCAACAAGAUGCGGGCCAAGAGCCGAGACAUGGGAGCCAAAGGAAAAGAUGCCAGUGAAUGAAACACUCUUGAGGGGAAAGUGUUUUGAGAAUAAUGACAUCAAAGCGGUUCUUCUUCAGCCUCCUGCUGUUUCACGCAAAAUGCUCCGACACAGUUCAAGGCUCUCAAGAAUGCUCUCAGUACAGUAAUUGUCUACAUGCAUGCUUAAUGCAUAUUCUGUAAUCGCUUUGAAUGUGAUAAUUAUUGCAUGGGCAGAUUUUGACAAUGUCCAAGCCUUUUGAGAAAUCAAAGGGGGAAUGUGAUAUGCGAUGGUUUAGAAUGCUUUUUAUUGCUCAUCUAAAUUAGCCAUUCUUUACCCCCUUUAUCUUUCUAAAACAAUUAGUUCUGCUGCAGUUGCUUUAAACACUUGCUGAUGGAGUUUGUA